AUGAAAAGAUUUGUAACUACUGAUAAAACAUGGAUUCUCUACAUCAAUCCUGAGUCAAAAGAAAAAUCAAAAGAAUGGAAACACCCCAAUUCUCCACCUCCAAAGAAGGUUAAGUCAAUGUUUCCAAGUAGAAAAGUUAUGGCUUCAAUAUUUUGGGAUUCUAAAGAGAUUCUGCUAAUGGAUUUUUUUCCAAGUGGUCAAACUAUAACUGGAGAAUAUUAUUCUAAUCUUUUGGACCAGUUUGACCAAAAAAUUCGUGAAAAAAGACCUGGAUUAAGCAAAAAAAAAAUCAUUUUUCACCAGAACAAUGCGCGUGCUCAUACGUGCUUGACUUCUUUAGCAAAAAUCUCAAGUUUAAGAUUCAAAAAAUUUUUAAGUGGAAAGCGAUUUUCAUCACUUGAAGAGCUUCAAGAGACCGUAAAUGGCUAUUUUGAAGGCCUUGAAAAAAAUCACUUCAAAGAAGGCAUAGAAGCUAUGGAAUCAAGAUGGAAAAAAUGCAUUGAGCUUGAGGGGAAUACGUCGAAUAAUGGCUGUAUAAUUAGAAAAAAAUAUUAA